GCCCAGAAAAAAGCCGAAAACAAUGUUCGGCUCUCGCGCAUUGAGGAAGAAAUCAAAACGAAGGUAUUCGACGGCUCGUUAUCAUCAUACAAGCGCAAGGACGACCUCGUCACUAUCGCCGGCGCUCUUCCGCUACUCAGAGAUGGGACAAUGAUUGAACUGACUGCACGAAUCAAGGAACAUCUUGCAGGAAAUCCUGACUGUGCCAGUCAGCCAAGGCUCGCGGGACUUCAUGGGCGCAAA